GAUAAGAUUACAUGAAAAAAUAAAAUGUGUGCAUGUUGUGAAAAUUUUCUCACCCAUAAAUUUUGAAAACGAUUGAGACAUAUUAGACAAAAAGUUGUUAGAAAAGCACAGACUUAAGUACUCUAGUAAUAUUAAUUUGAUCCACCACUGUAACCACCAACUACUGGUAACUGAUGUGCAUCACCAUGCAUCAGUUAAAUCAAGUUAAUUUGUAUGCGCAAUUAUUCUGUCCUUCUUAGAAAACGAGUAGCUAGUUUCCAAGUGUGUGGGACAAGUAAAAUCCUCCUGCACCUAUUCUAUAGUCCUACUCGUGAAAGCCAACCCAUUCUACAUUUAAUUAGUACUGAAUCCCAGCAACGAACCAUGAAUUGAAUACUCUUGACAAUCUUGAAUUCCAGAAUCCCCACUUCAUCAUGGAAACUCUGUCCUCCAACAUCUCCCUAGCCCUACUCAUCUUGAUCCUCAUCUACAUUUGGUCCACUUCCACCACCAUCAUGUCAGGAAACUCUGUCCAUGUUUGCGUCUCGUCGCGAAAACUCAACAAUCUCUAUUGUAUUUCUGCCGGCACAAAGCCUGGAUUCAAUCUCCCGAUCCUCCCCAAUACCUCCAUUGGUACAAUCAAAGAUGGAACUGGUACUAAACAUGAUGAAGAUCAUCAUCGGGAUUUUGUUGUAGACGAGGACGUUAUUGAGCAACAUAUUCGAUUGCAUCGAUCGUGGUCUUCCGAACACACUGGAUUAACUUCAUCUUGUACUGGAAGAAGGGUUUAUGUGUAUGAUUUGCCAACAAAGUUCAACAAGGACUUAUUAAUUGGUCAAUGUGGAGACAAGUGCUUUGAUAAUGGAGGAUUAGGCAAACCAAUUGAGAAGCUUGGCAAAGGUUGGUAUGACACUCACCACAACUUUCUAGAGCCGAUUUUUCAUUCAAGGGUUCUAAACCAUCAAUGUAGGGUCCACAAUGAAGAUGAGGCCAUGCUCUUUUAUGUUCCUUACUACGGUGGACUUUGGCAUUUGAAAAAUGUGUCAAGGGACACAUUGGAUUUGGAUUUGAUCAAGUGGCUUGAGUCAAAGAAAUCAUGGAGCCACAACUUUGGAAAAGAUCAUGUCUUUGUAUUGGGUUUGGGGACAACAAGGUUUCUACACCUUGCCCAAAUGAAGAAUCCAACAAAGCUUUUGAUUGAAAGAGAGCUAUGGGAUGUGAACCAGAUUGGAAUCCCAUCUCCAACAUACUUCCACCCACACUCUGAUGAUGACAUACUCUCAUUGCAACUCCAAGCCAUGAGAUCCCCUCGUCGAAGCCUAGUCAGUUUGAUUGGUUCAACCUGGUCUAACCAAUCGUCUUACAGUAAUAAUAUCAUAUCAAUGUUGAUCAAGCAAUGUGUUGGAUUACCUACCGAGCUAUGCAAGUUCCUUGAUUGCGGCUCAGGAGAGUGCAAUAGGCCUGAAUUGGUGAUUGAGCUAUUCAUGGAGUCGGAGUUUUGCCUGCAUCCUCCAGGUGACAGGUUUACGAGGAAAUGGUUGUUCGAUUCACUGGUUUCGGGUUGCAUUCCAGUAUUGUUUAGUCCUUUCACGGCUUACUAUCAAUACCCAUGGCAUUUGCCUGAGGAAGAUGAGAAAUACUCGGUGUUUUUAGAUCAAGAAGAGGUUAUGCAACAAAGAGUUAAUGUUGUGGAAAGGGUGAUGAGGACUUCUUCAAGGCAUAGAGAGGACAUGAGAAGGUUUAUAGUUUAUGAGUUGUUGCCUGGACUAGUGUAUGGAGAUUCGAGCUCGCAACUGGUCAAGUUUCGAGAUUCAUUUUCCAUUACUCUGGAUAAUCUCAUAAAGUGGGUAAAUCGAUUGGAAUAAGUGCUAGGUGGUGAGGAUGAUUAUCUCUCCGGUCCUUAGCUAAAUGUAUCUAUUUACCAUUAGUAUUCCUCUUGUAUAUCACUUUGUAACCACAUUAUCUACAGUAUAUGUUAAUAAUAUCGUUUGCAGUAACCAAUUAAUAUAAAUGUCUACAUCCCUACAUGAUAUGAUAUCAGAAUCUGCAUGGCUAAAAAUUUCAAAAUUCGGGAUUUCUUCUCUUUCUUUUUCACAUUGUUAGAUAUUCAAGUGCACAUUUCAUAUCUCCUCAUGAAGUAUAAGUUUUUCGAAACAAAUUUUCCAAAAUAUGGAACAUCGUAAUAGAAUUUUCAACUAAACAAAUUUUUGUUUGUUUCGCAUUUACAAGUAUAAAUAUACUUUUUUUUUUUUUUUGCAAACUCAACAAGAGAGACACAUAAACAAGAUACUCUAGAUAUAUGUUGGAACGAAAUCUCCAUCACAUUGCGCUAGACGAUUAUGUGAAAUAUCAUCUGCCAGCUUGACUGUUUAGUUACAUUCAUAAAUUAUACCCUGUCAAAAUUAUUAUGAAAUAAAUAUCCAUGUUGAGCCGAUAAAGGUGAGGCUAAAGCCCUCCCACGUUGUUCCUUAGCUUUGAUUACUUGCUCUAGAAGAAUUCAGAAAGAAAACAGUAGCAAAUUCGGGCUCGAUAAGACAAUUCGCAGCAGCCAUAAUAAUGUCAACCUUUCAGACUUCAGGUAUCAAUAUUCUUCUAGAAACUAAUAACUAAAAGAACUGCAAUAUACAAACACCUGGAAAUGGAAUAAAUAUCUCAAUGCUCAAAUGUGCAAAGAUGGGCAUUCGAGUAUGUAUAAUAUGAAUGUCAUGAAGAAGAUGCUUGACGCUGAACAAUAAUAACGGGGACGUUAAUCAUUUCACACCCCAGAUUAUCAUGAUUCACUAAUAUAUAUGCUUUUUUUAACUUCCUAUUGAUAGGGAUGCGCGGGAAGAAGAAAUUUCAUUCUAAUAUUCCAAUAUUAAAUCUUUUAGUUGAAAAUUAAUGGUGGUAUCGUUAGAGAAAAUUUUUAUUCGUUAAUUUGAUGAAUAAGUAAAAUUUUGAAUAUUUAUAAAUUUGAAUAGUUAUAUGUUUAGAUUAUGUUUUUAGUGCAUUCAUUUUUGUGGCUGCAUAUGCCAUGCAUGCAUUCACUUAUAAUGAUCAUCAUUUGACCAGGUAAAUCAUGUUAAAAUGAUGUUAAUUGUCUUGACACAAAAUGUGUGAAUUAAUACAAAGAUACAAGUAAGGUUGUUAAAUUCCUAUCUGCACCUGGUCCGACUUAAGUCGGGCUUCAAAACAUCGUCCAGAAAACUCCCGGUCUGAUCCCUUAAGAAGGAGAAGAAGAGAGGAGAAAAAAGAGGAAGAGGAACGAAAGAAGAGAGAUGGUGGGUGAGUUAUGGAAGUUAGGUGAACUUAUUUUGUGGAAAAUAAAUUUUUUAUAGAUACAUGUAAAAUAAAUUUCAUUUAAAUCA